AUGAAUCCUUUCACCUUCCUCACCCAGUCUCGCGCGAACGCAGCCUGGCAUCCAGUUGGCCUUGCUUCCGCGCUUCCUGAUUUGGACCUCGAUAAGGACGCAUAUCGGAUUGCGCCAAGGUGCAAAGCUUUUACCAUUCCGAAAAAUGAAGGCAAUUCCGAAGCCAAACCCCCGGUAGAAGCAGAUAUUGAUAUGCCGGGGGAUUUGAAGGACCAAGUCCUCGUGUUUAAAUACAAGGGGAAAAUCCAUGCCGUCGAUCAUCAAUGCCCUCAUUCAGCCUUCCCGCUUUCCCAGGGUAACGUCUUUGACAUUGAAGAUUUUGGGAUCACAUUGAGUAGUGGCAUUUCUUGUCCCAAGCACGACUGGUCGUUCGAUCUGCACACUGGGCGAGGUGAUCGCGGAAGCUACACGCUCAAGUUGUGGGAAGUACAACUACGCGACCCGUCCUCACCAGAUGAACUCACGAAGGACGAUAAGGAAGUCUGGGUUCGGCGCAAGCAAAGGAUUGGUUAG